GAACAUUGUAUGCCACAAUGCGGAAUCUGGCCAAGAAAGAGCCACUUGAGGAAGCCGUAGGUCGCAGGCUGGGCAAAACCCUGGAAAUUAAACAACUGGAUGUCUGCGAUGAACAGUCUAUUAAAACUUGUGUCAAUAGUAUCCCCGACAGAAGGAUCGAUGUCCUAGUUAGCAAUGCUGGAAUGGGGCUCAUUGGACCUAUUGAAUGUCAGACCAUAGAUGAAAUGAAAACUGUGAUGGAUACCAACUUCUUUGGACUGGUUCGACUCCUGAAGGAGAUUUUGCCUGAUAUGAAGAAAAGAAAGAGCGGGCACAUAGUUAUAAUAAGCAGUGUUAUGGGAAUACAAGGUAUCUUAUUUAAUGACGUUUAUGCUGCAUCCAAGUUUGCUGUGGAAGGAUUCUGCGAAAGUUUAGCUAUACAAGCACUCAAGUUCAAACUCCAGUUAAGUUUGAUUGAACCGGGCCCCGUGGUUACAGAGUUUGAAAGAAAAGUGUUUGAAGAUGGAAUGAAAAUGGAUCUUUCAGCUGCAGAUGAGGAAACAGCUGAGAUGUUUACUAAUAUUUACCUUAAAAAUUACAAACAAAUUUUCCAGAGCCUGGGACAAAGUGCUGAAGAUGUUGCAGAGCAUACGGUAAAGAUAAUUCUUGCAGAAAAUCCACCAUUUCGCCAUCAGACCAACACCUUGUAUACUCCAAUGACAACCCUAAAAUAUGCAGAUCCAAAUGGAGAUCUACCCAUUGAUAUAUUCUACAAAAUGGUUUUUCAUCAUGACAAAAUCUUCAGUGCAAGUCUUAACUUUAUCAAGUUGCUAAGGUGGAGAAGUAGAAAGAGCUUUGACCUGGGAAAACCCUCACAAUAAGGAUGAGAUUAUAUAGUGCAAGUUGGAAUUACUUGUUGUAGCUACUGAUAAUGCAGUGUGCUGUUAUUCAAAUGCCUUUGCUCUCUAAUUGUGAAAAUGCAUUCAAGGUGUUUAUUUGAGCUUAGCUAAGAUAUUCAGCUCAAUGCGUGUAUCUUGAACUUUACAGUUUGCAGAACCUUGAAACUAAAAUCCUCUAACUAUAGGUUUAUUCUGUUUAGUGUUUGCUUUUUAGAGAGAUCUGUUUUCAUGGGAACAUAAACAUUGACUGAUACUUGGAUAUUCGCUAUUAACCCAAUCCCCUUCACGUCUUAGAGUAUAAUACAUACUGAAAUGUGUAUUGUAUGUAAAUUAUUUAGAUUGUUAAUAUUAUAAAAAUAUUUUAACUUUUUACUUAUUAAAAUGUAAUAGAAUUAGUAUAGUAAUCAAUCACAAUAGAAUUCUCAUUUUCAGAAAGCAGGUCUAUUUACCAGUAACAUAAAAAAAACACUCAUCAAUCUUAAAAUGUCACAACUAGAGUAUUUAUGACUCAUAUGUAUGUUAUAAUAUUCUGAACAUGCAGCGUUUACUGGCAUAUUACACAUAGUGGACAAUAA